CGGUGUGGCUUGUGCUCCGCGUUCGGACAUGGAGGACCUUUUGUCAUUUACAGAUGUGGCCAUUGAUUUCUCCACAGAGGAGUGUGAGUGUCUGGAGCCUGCUCAGUGGAAUCUGUACAGGGACGUGAUGUUGGAGAAUUACAGCAACCUUGUGUUCCUGGGUCUUGCUUUCUCUAAGCCAUACCUGGUCACAUUUUUGGAGCAGAAUUCUGAUCUGUGGAGCGUGAAGAGAAAAGCAUCAGCGGCCAUCCAUCUAGGAUCAAAAGCCCAUAAAUGUAAAGAGUGUGGGAAAGCCUUUGAUAGGAACUCAGUCCUUAUUCAACAUCAAAGAAUUCACACUGGAGAGAGACCCUACAGAUGUGAAGAAUGUGGCAAAUCUUUUAACUAUUCUUCCAGCCUUAAACAGCACCAAAGAAUUCACACUGGGGAGAAACCCUACAAAUGUGAAGAGUGCGGCAUGGCCUUUAACGUUCGCUGCAUUCUUUCUAAGCACCAGCGAACCCAUACUGGAGAGAAACCCUACAAAUGUAAAGAGUGUGGCAAAGCAUUCAGCUGUUCUUCCAACCUUCAACAACACCAGCGAAUUCACCGGGGAGAGAAACUCUACAAAUGCGAUGACUGUGGGAAGGCCUUUAGCUGCUCUUCAUACCUGCACAGGCAUCAGCGAAUUCAUACUGGCAUGAAACCCUACAAAUGCAAGGAAUGUGGCAAGGCCUUUAACUGUUCUGCAAACCUUAUUUACCACCAGAGAAUUCAUACUGGAGAGAAACCAUAUAAGUGUGGUGAGUGUGGGAAAUCUUUUACCAUUUACUCAACGUUUAUGAAUCACCAGCGGACACAUAGUGGAGAAAAACCCUAUGAAUGCAAAGACUGUGGGAAACCCUUUACUAAUUGUUAUAAUCUAGUUCAACACCAAAGAAUUCAUACUGGAGAGAAACCCUAUGCAUGUGAAGAAUGUGGCAAAUCUUUUAAUUAUUCUUCCCAUCUUAAACAACACAAAAGAAUCCAUACUGGAGAGAAACCAUAUAAAUGUGAAGUGUGUGGCAAAGCUUUUAACUGUUCUGAUUAUCUGGUUAAGCAUCAAAGAAUCCAUACUGGAGAGAAACCCUACAGAUGUGAAGUGUGUGGCAAAGCUUUUAGCUUUUCUACGUAUCUGCAUAAGCAUCAAAGAAUCCAUACUGGAGAGAAACGCUACAGAUGUGAAGAAUGUGGUAAAGCUUUUACUAAUUAUUCGGGGCUCAUUGUUCACCGAAGAGUUCAUACUGGAGAGAAACCCUACAAAUGUGAAGAAUGUGGCAAGGCCUUUAGUGUUCACACAUCGCUCUCUAAACAUCAGAGAAUUCAUACUAGAGAGCAACCUUACAAAUGUGAUGAAUGUGGAAAGACGUUUAAUGUUCAUUCAACAUUCUCUAAACAUCAGAUAAUCCAUACUAGAGAGAAACCCUACAAAUGCCAACACUGUGACAAGACCUUUAAAUAUCCUUCACCCCUUGUUCAACAUGAAAGAAUUCACACUGGAGAGAGACCCUACAAAUGUGAAGUAUGCGGCAAGGCCUUUACUUCUUCUUCAAAUCUUAAAUAUCACUGGAGACUUCAUACUGGCGAGAAGCCCUAUAAAUGUGAACAAUGUGGGAAAGCCUUUAAAAAUAGUUCCAAUGUUACGAGACACUACAAGAUUCAUACAGGAAUAAAACCUUAUACAUUUAAAGAAUGUGGCAAGACCUUUCCUUGGAACCCACUUCUUAUUCAACACCAUAAAACCCAUCCUGGAGCAAAACUUUACAAGUGUGAUGAAUGUGGCAAGUCCUUCAAUGUUCGCUCAACACUGUAUAAACACCAUAGAACUCACACUGGAGAGAAACCCUACAAGUGUAAAGAGUGUGGCAAAGCCUUUACGUGUUCUUCAAGCCUUAACCAACACCAUAGAAUUCACACUGGGGAGAAACCCUACAAGUGUGAAUGUGGCAAAGCCUUUAACAAUUCUUCAGCUCUUACUCAGCACCAAAGAAUUCAUACAGGAGAGAGACCGUACAAGUGUGAAGAGUGUGGCAAAGCCUUUAACAAUUGCUCAGCCCGCACACGACACCAAAGAAUCCAUACCGGAGAAAGGCCCUACAGGUGUGCCGAGUGCGGCAAGACCUUCAAUUUUCCCACAUCGCUUUCUCAGCACCAGAGAAUCCACACCGGAGAAAAACCCUACAAAUGUGAAGAAUGUGGCAAAGCCUUUAACUGUUCUUCACAUCUUAAACAACACCGGAUUAUUCACACUGGAAAGAAGCCCUACAAAUGUAAAGAGUGUAGCAAAGCCUUUAACUGUUCCUCCAGCCUUAACCAGCACCGUAGAAUUCACACCGGGGAGAAACGCUACAUGUGUGAGGAAUGUGGCAAAGCCUUUAAUAACUGCUCAGCUCUUACUCAGCACCAAAGAAUUCACAGUGGAGAGAAGCCCUAUAAAUGUGAGGAGUGUGGCAAAGCCUUUUAUAAUUGCUCAGCCCUUUCUCGGCACCAAAAAAUUCAUAGCGGAGAAAAACCCUAUAAGUGUACAGAUUGCGGCAAGGCUUUUAUUUUUCGCUCAUCACUUUCUCAACACCAGAGAAUUCACACUGGAGAGAAACCCUACAAAUGCAAAGAGUGUGGCAAAGCCUUCAACUGUUCAUCUCACCUUAACCAGCAUGGGAGAAUUCACAGUGGAGAGAAACCUUAUAAAUGUGAGGAGUGUGGCCAGACGUUCAUCUGUUCUUCAUACCUACAUAAGCAUCAGAAGAUUCAUGCUAUUGAGAAACUGUAUGAAUGCAAAGAGUGUGGUAAAGCCUUCAGCUGUUCGUCAUACCUUAAGUAUCAUCAGAGAUUUCAUACUGGGGGGAAAUCCUAUACAUGCAGAGAAUGUGACAAAACCUUUAGGUCGUCCUCAUACCUUAGGAAUCAUCAGAGGUUUCACACUGGAGAGAAACCCUACACGUGCAAAGAAUGUAGCAAGGCCUUUGUUAAUUCUUCAAGCCUUCUUGUACACCAAAGAAUUCACACUGGAGAGAAACCAUACAAAUGCAAAGAAUGUGGCAAGGCCUUUAGGUGUUCGUCAUAUUUUAAGUAUCAUCAGAGACUUCAUACUGGAGAGAAACCCUACACAUGCAAAGAAUGUGGGAAAGCCUUUGCUAAAUCUUCAUGUCUUAUUCUACACCAAAGAAUUCAUACUGGGGAAAAACCCUACAAAUGUGAAGAGUGUGGCCAGGCAUUUAUCUGUUCUUCGUACCUACGGAAGCACCAGAGAAUCCAUACUGGUGAGAAACCGUACACGUGUGAAGAGUGUGGCAAAGCUUUUAGCAUUUAUUCAACCUUCACUCAACACCAGAGAAUUCAUACUGGAGAAAAACCUUAUAAAUGCAAGGAAUGUGACAAAGCAUUUAAUAAUCAUUCAGCCCUAAUUAAACAUCAAAGAAUUCAUACUGGAGAGAAACCCUAUGCAUGCAAAGAAUGUAGUAAAGCUUUUAAUAAUAGCUCAAGUCUUAUUCGACAUCAACGGGUCCAUAUUGGAAUUGAAACCCUAGAAAUUCAAGGAAUUUGGCAAGGCCUUUAGUUGUUACUUAGCUAAUGCUUAGGUCAAAAAA